AUGACCGGAGUAACUGCAAAAAUGGCGGGAGUUGUUGCUGCCAGGGAGACAACUUCACAAGCAAUAGCUCCAAUAGGGUAUGGAGCUUCGCCAAUUGUGUACGCGCAAAAUGACGAGGAUAAUCUUGGAAUACUUUUAACAAUAUUGCUGUUGGCGGGAAACAACAGAAACCAAAAUGGCGGGUGUGGACAAUCGUGCAACUGCUGCAACUGUUGCAGCUGCGGCGACUGCUCGCAAAGCGUACCUAUACCCUUCCCCAUUCCAUUCCCAACCAACAACGCUAUAGUGACCCGACCUUACUAUCAUCCGUUAAAUGACGAUUACGAUGAUGAAGAAGACGAAGAACAAGAUGAUGUUAAAGCGAAGAGUUCCAUUUCGAAGGGAAAUGGUGCUAAGGAUCGUAAGAAAGACUCUAAAGAAAAAUCUGACUCUGAUGCUGGCCAAACGGGCGAGCUAGUUGUGGAAGAAGAGGAAUUCGAAGAAGGAUCUGCGUACAGUUCGAAACCAAAUUCG